AUGUUGGUGGCGAUGUUUCAAAUCGACUCGACGGAAAUGGUAGCAAUCGUGGACGUCGGCGAAAUUCCUCUGCACGACAAGCACAUCCCGACGGCAAACCUGUCAAAGGACAAAACUAUCGGACCAUUGGUCACGUUGCGCCAUGCGAAUGUAAACAUUCAAGCGCUUCAGGACCGCUUGCGUUUGUUGGAAGAAACGAUGGGAAUAUGGGAUCCCGCGCAUCAAGUGGGCAACGUUCCAAUUCGACGUGCUGGCCACGACGCGUGGGGAAUCGACAAGAUCAUGCUGGUCUUUUGUGACGACUACAUGAAGAAUGUGUACGAAUUCCCUUGGCUGGAAAAAUGGAUCGAUGUGUUGCAGCCAUUCUUCGACCUUCUCCAGGUCCCUUUGACUCGGGUGGUGCGCUGCCUCCUCGCUCGUAUGCCGGCAGAUUCGGAUAUCCCUGUUCACAAUGAUACCGGCUACUGGGUCGACAAAUGUCAUCGCAUUCACUUGCCUGUCUUCACCGAUCCCGCAGUGGACUUUCGAGUGGGCCGGGAAGAAAAAUCCAUGGUUGCGUACGACUUUGCCGAGGGACACAUUUACGAGUUGAACAAUGCAUCCAAGCACAAAGUGCACAACUACUGGUCGCAACCUCGCGUGCAUUUGAUAUUUGACUACGUUGACGCCACGUUUCCAAUCUCGUCGAUUCCUCGUGUCAAGCUGACGCCGGGCAUGGUACUUCACCAGACACGUCGAAGCGUUGACGCGUCGACUCUCUAUGGAACGCGUGUGCCGCCUUCGUUCAUCAUCAUCGGGGCCCAGAAGGCAGGAACAACUUCGUUGUACGACUACAUAACGCAGCACGACUUGGUCGUCCCUUCGAUCCGAAAGGAAACGCAUUACUUUGAUUGGCGCUGGGACUCGUCACUUCCUCCUAUCGACGGACCGGAUGGAGUGACGAAGCACAAGGCGAUGUACCAUCGUUUCUUUCGAACUGACGUCUUGCUACCGAAUCCCUCGAUCCAAACUGGCGAAGCAACCCCAAGCUACAUGCUCGGAGGGUCCGUUGUCAUCCAGCGAUUCAAAGCGUUGGUAUCGGCCGAGACAAAAAUCCUCGUCAUCCUGCGAAACCCAGUGGAUCGAGCGUUCUCACAUUACAAUAUGACCGCAGACACGGAAGGCAACGCUGAGCAGCUCAAGAACCGUGGUCAUGCCGCACUGGACGGUCGAACGUUUGAAGAGAUUGUCUCAAGCGAAAUCGCCGAAAUCGAAGCGCUGGGUAUUCAUCCCGAGAUGAGUUUCGACGAAUUUGACGAAGUCUACUUGAAAAGUCGAGUAAACUACCGCCAUGGGGGACACUCAUUUGUUGGACGCGGUCUGUACGCGUUGCAGUUGGCAGGAUGGUACCAAGCGUUUCCUUCGUCACACAUCCACGUGGUCAACAUGGACGACAUGAAGACUUCCGUUGGGUUGCAUGACGUGAUGAACUCAGUCUAUUCGUUCCUUGACCUACCGCCGUAUACCAUUCAAGACUCAAGUGCCAAGAAUACUCGUCUGUACGCCCAAAUGAGCCCUGAAACGAGAGAGCGCCUCGAAUUAUUCUACGCUCCGUUCAAUGUCAAACUCAAGGCGCUUCUGGGGGAGAAGUCUAAUUUUUCGUGGGCGGUUUGACGCCGUAGGUCGUCGCUUACAGUAGCUCGCAGCACAGUUUAGGAGGUGGCGGAUUAUAUUAAUGUGCUUCAUGCUGCUAUCAAUGUGAUGUAAUUUUCCGG